AUGUGUGAUUACUAUGGCCCAUUUGAAGGUUUUGUAUUAGUGCCUUCGAAAGAAAGUCAGCUGACACCAUGGGCAAUAGUUGGCACAUCACUAGUUUUAAAUAUGCUUAUUUUGUAUCCUACAAAUAAAUGGAACAAGUUUAGUCCUAUUGCAGCUUUAUGGUCUCUUGUUAGCGGGAUAUUAUUCCUAUGGCGUGUAAUUGUCGCAAGACAAGGCCCGAUGUCAAUAGCAUAUAAUAUGCCCUUCAGUUUGCCUUUGGGAAUUGGAUCCAAUAUUAUUAGACUCACCCUUGAAGAUGGAACAAAAGGGUUUAAACAAAGGUGGAAAACGCUUUUUCAAGUGAUGUUUGGAAAGAGUCCAGAGUACACGCAUUCAACAAUGCCUGAACACACAUAUCCAAUAGCGAGAAUAUCAAAUUCUAUUAGAAAACAUCACAGAGCUGAAGAAUUAUUAAGAUUCUUGGCAUUAUUUAUUGAUUUACUAGCCAUGACAGUAGGUUUAAUUCGUGUAUGGGGAUGGUGGUUUCCGCUUGAUGCUAUUGGUGACGUUAUGUGUAUAGCAAAUUUUACGAAAAAGAUUGAUACCUCUUAUGAAGAUACUACAUGUGGAAUAAUUAUAACUGACUGGAGUUCAGCUACCUAUUCUAAUUGUGUCCUGUUCGAACCUGCAGUUGGAUGGUUUCUCAUCAUUGUAUAUACAGCAGUCUGUGUAGUAUUACUCGUUGGGUUGAUUGCAAUGCGUGGAUAUUUUAUCUGGGCAAUUGGUAUUGUGGGAUCUGCAAUUUUAGUAGUUCUUUCUGGACUGCAAUCUGUGUACUCAACUCAAAGUUUCUGUGUUCAAUUCGUUGCAACUUUAAUGGGACUAUCUGAGAUACCAUAUCAAGUCCUCAGCCAUCGAAGCUUAAUAAACUUAUGGUGGUAUCAUUCCGGAUUUAGGCAAUGGCUUGUCAAUUUAUUUACUAUUCAUGGAUAA